AAGUGUUUGUAGAAAUCAUCGAAUUUUGGAUUCGUCAACGAUCAAACCUUAGUCCUCAAGAAAACCUACUACUGCGUAUAGAUUACUUCCGAUUCUCAAACCAUUUUAACCCUUCUUUCUCAUCUUCCUUCAGUUCCUUCUCCUUCCUUCCCUGGAACCAAACAGGAGUAAAAGUUCCCCGACAAAGAAACAUACACCACACAGUCCAUCCGUCAUCCUCUCUCCAGAUGGGUAUGACGAAAUUAAAGAUAGGAGGGGCAUGGUCGGGUUUGUUGGAGGUAGAAUUGGAUGAAUGGACAGUACCCAUGUUGAGAGAAGAGAUUUCCAAACGAUCGGGCUGUGCAGGGCCACACAUGAUCAACCUUAUAUGUGCUGGGAGGGUUUUGAAGGACGGUGACGGGACUGAGAAGCUAACUCAAUUGGGUGUCAAGAACAAUGCCAAGAUUUUGGCCACUCGUGUCAAUCCUGAUCAUGGGAAGUCUUUAAAAGAAGAGUUGUUGGCUGAGGAAGAACGGUCUAGCAGACUCUCCAGACUCAAGGCCGCUGCCACUUCACUGGCAAAGCGACAUGCGGAUGGUUCACUGCCCAUUGAAGACUUCAAUCUGGAAUUGGAAAAUCAGAGUGGAGAAAAAGUGCAGUUGGGAUCUGAGACUGAUCAGCAGGCAAUAAUGAUGGGUCUCAUGCUUCAUGCAAACGCAAAACAGCUGAUUAGAAUGCAGAACUAUAAAGAUGCACUGGAAGUGCUCACCAUGGGGGAGGAGGCCUUCUCUCUCUGCAACCCAAAGGUCAUUGAGAUGAUUGACAAUGUCCCAAUACUGCAAAUAGAUAUGGUAUGGUGCUAUUUCAUGCUCCGAGACAUAAGCUGGCUCUCAGUGGCAGGAUUACGCCUAGCAAAAGCUAGAGAAGGAAUUGAGCGGGCUCAUGGGAAGGAAUCCAGCCGUGUCAGAAUCCUUCAAGGAGGUCGCCAUGUAGAACUUGCGCUACACUUGAGACUGGAGUUAUUGGAAGGAGUAAUUGCAUAUCACAGUGGUAAGCUAGAAAAAUCUAGAGAGGCCUUGACAUCUGCACAAGCUAAAUACUUGCAGCUUCAGGUGUCAGAUGAAGCCUUAUCGCUACUUAUGGGAAUGGGUUACAAAGAACGUGAUGCAAAAAGGGCUCUGCGCAUGAACAAUCAGGAUGUUCAGAGUGCUGUUGAUUUUCUUGUAGAAGAAAAGGCAAAGAAGGCACUGAAAAGGGAGGAAGACAUUCGGCGACAAAAUGAGAUCAUGGAACAAAAGCGGUAUGGAAAGACACCUCUUAGGAAAGCUGUGGAUCUCAAGCGAUUGAAUGAGUUGGUGUCGAUUGGGUUUGAGAAAGAACUUGCUGCUGAAGCCCUUCGAAGAAAUGAAAAUGACACUCAAAAGGCGUUGGAUGACUUGACGAAUCCUGAAACUAAUUCUUCCAUACAGAUUGAUAUUGAAUCAAGGAAAAGGAAAAGACUGCGUCAAGCCGCAGAUGCUGCAAUCGAAGAACUUAUAUCCAUGGGCUUCCCAAGAGCAACAGGUACCUAAUACAUGAGACAAUGUUUUUGCCCCCAUUGUAUUUAGUGUGUUUCUAUUAUUCCUAGUUAACCUGAUAGCUUGGGUUUCGCACCUCAAAGGUGAUCCAAGUGUGAUCAUGGUCCAAGAUAGUGUUAUUGGCCAUCGAUUUGGAUGACACUGAGAUACAUUGUUUGUUGCAAUCCGAAAUGGUUUCGGGUGACACAUGAAAUGAUACAGAUAAGAGAAGUUGGACAUGCCAAGAGAUUCUGGUCAUAUUGUGGCGUUGUAGAAUAGUAUUAAACAAUACACUACAAAACAUAUACGUUGACUUGGUGACUUUGUUAAGUUGAUUGAGAUGUCUCUGGUUUGACCAAGAGUUGAGUUGGAUGCAUAAUUUUCACGGAACUCAGAAUGGUAUUGAAACAAAAUGUGACUAAGACCAAUUCUUUGAACCAUGAGUGUGAUGUUGAACCAGGGUGAGGCAAUGGCAGGGCAGCUUGCCGCAAGGGCAUAGGGGGAGGGAGAGAUACUGAGCAGGAGGCAACAUUUGGCAAUGUGCUAGUUCGAAUUCAGUUUCCUCUAUAGGUCAAGAAUAGUCGUCGAGUAGAAGAGCGUGCUAGACCUAUGUAUAAGGUUUCCAGGAAUGUGGACAACUGGUCUGUCGGCAACCUCUCAACUCACUCUGCUGCUGGAAUAGCGAGUUUGCAUGGCCUUUGUCGCUGGAAAUGCAGAAUUAGGUCAGUAUUUUUGUCAACGGGCUAUUGAGGAACAGUCAGUUUCUUGAUCCAGAGAAAGCACUGUGUACACCAGUUGUCAUGGAAACAAUGUACACUCUUUCUUUCAUCUGGUUAGGCCAUGAAGUGUGGUUAAGCUGAAUGAGGAGACAAUCUCAGUUAGCCCCAAACAAUGGCCACCAAGCACAUGUCGACUUCCCAGAGCUAGGACCAUGGUCCACUGCCAUGGUGUCAACAAGCACUGCACCCCAGCGAGGAUUAUGAUAUUAUGGUAGGAUCUGUUGAUAUAAGAGGCAGGGUUAAACAUCCAUUUAGGGAACAUACUGUCAUUGCUUGCAAGAAAUGAUGCACCAUCAGGUUUUAAGACAUCCGUUAUUUGUGCUACCUGGUGGGGGCUUUGUUGCUUUCAUUGACUUCUUUUGUGUGCUUGUAGUGGUUGCAGCUGUUCGCACAUUUGGCACGAAAGAGCAAGCGCUAACUCAUCUACUGGGACAACCCAACGAAACUGAUGCAAAUUCUUCUGUUUCAAUUCCUAACGAUAUUGGCACAGAAAAUCUGAGUGCCGAAGAUGGCAUUGAAGGCCCCUCUGGUAGCGGUGCACUGUCAAGCCCUGAAGGGGGUGAUGGAGGUCCAUUAAGUCACGGUGGAGCAGAGGAGAGGGAUGCGGAAAUGGAAAGUGAACUUACAGGGGAACUACAAAGAGGAGAUGCUUUUUCGGAUUAUGACAUCGAAGUUAUUAAAGAAGGUGAAGCUAUAAAUGAGUAUUUGGCUCUGCUGAGUACUGGGGAGAAUGAUGAGAAAGUUUCUUCUGCACAGUAAGAAGUACAUAUAUCAAAUUGGAUAUGCAGCAUAUGCUUUGUGUAUACUAUAGGGUCUGUAUCUUGGAUUCUAACUCUGUUACUAAUGAAUGACAAUCAGAUCAGUUCUUCGCUGUUGAGUUCCAAG